UUCCUGUAAGGUGCGCUUGGUUGUUACCAGGGAAACGUGAAAUACACAAUACUUGUGAACCGCAGUUGGCAGAAAAGCAGAAGUGAUUACAAGGGUAUAUGGAAAUAAAUAUUACAACAAACUAGUGAAGAUCUCUUCUUUCUUGGUUGCUUGCUAAUAAACUGACAUCCAACCAUGCCACUGGAGGGGAAAACAGAUAUGGAAAGGAUUGGCCUUUUUAGUGAGAUGGGGUACAUCAGUAUUGGUGACAAGUACACUACUUCUCACAACAGGCCAUUUAAUGUGUCUGCUUCAAAAAGUAAGCAGAUGUUGUCAGGAUCCACAAAGAAGAAAUCAGCUCUUCAAGUAGGCUAUUUUGAUUCACAGUUUAAAAGGAUUUAUGAAAAAGAAGCUUAUUCAGAUCCCUUAAAAUUAAGAAGACAACAAAAACUGCAAGAAUCAAAAAAGAACAUAGGGAAAGCUUUUCUUCCCACCAAUGGAGAGAAAACACCCUCAGGGAGUGGUAACCACUUUGGAACCUUUGGUGGGCCUGUCCAAGCUAUGAGUGCAUUACAAAUACCAAAGAAGCCUUACAAAUCACCGGGAAAAAAUUUUCUAACAAACCCUUCAAAGCUGGGGACAGGAUAUGGGUAUCCUAACAUUACGUUGUCAAAGCAGUACUCUUAUUCUGCAGACCCAUAUGAAAGAGCAAGAGAACUGAGUAAGAAAGAUUUUCUUUCUCACAAAACUAUGUACAAAGGUGGUGCAUUUCGUUUGAACCUUCAUCCAAAGGACUUUUUCGAUGCAAAUCCUUAUAAAACUGAUAAGCAUUUUCCACCUGUUAGUAAGAGUCUGGACAGAAAGAAGGAUGUAAAACCAUUUAAACCAAGUUCUCCUGCCAAACAGGUUGGUGGGAUGAAAGCAGGAACCUUUGAUCCAUAUCCAUCCCAUUCUGCAGAUCACUACACAGUGAAAAGGCCAAAAAGUAUAAACACCAACAAGGCUGGAAUAAUAUUUCACCCAACCCCUGGACCCAAGAGCAUGCCAGUUCGAAGCAUUCUGAAUGCUAAUGUUCUUAAGUCUGUUACACCAGCAAAUUAUACAAGUAUAUCAAGUAUAAUGUCGUAUUGAAUUCUGCUUGCCAAAUCUCUAUGCCCAACUGACUCAUUAUGGAGUUGCCACAAAUAUUCACUGAAAUCUGCAAGCUCCCAGACAUAUGUCUAGCAACAUGUAAUAAAUUUCGGAAAGAAUGUAAAGAGGAAUUUGGUAAUUCCAUUAUUUUGUAUUUAUUUCAUGU